CGGGAGGAGACUGAUGGGGCACAGGAGGACCAGGCUCUCGUAAGCAAAAACAUUCACACCGACUUACAAGAGCGGCUGCAGAAAUAAGAAUGACAACGCCACAAAAACGCACGUUCAGGCCUAAACUGGAGAUAAUUCGCUGAGGCUGUCACAGUUUGAACGCAUGGUUGCAACAAAGAGGAAAAAGUGCAUCCAGCUCCCAUGGAAUUGGUUUGAAUUGACAGUCGGAGCGGCAUUAGAGAGGCAUUAAAUGUUCGUGAUAAAUAGGCAACCAUCCUGACAAAAUGACCCGUUUGGAGCGCGGGCGUCACGCUUGUGCACAAAGAGCGCGUCCCAUUCACGUGUUGGUGGCGCUGGUGAUGCUGCUGGAGGACUGCAGGACGCUGGGGUCGUCACAUGAACCAGAGGGAUUUCUGCAGGACCUGCCUCAGUAUGAAUUGGUUCACCCCACCAGAGUGGAUGCCAGAGGUCACUUCCUUUCCAACUUCCUGCCUCACCAUGCUCGUCGUGUUCAGCGCAGGGAAGCCUCAGAGGAACCAGUGGACUUGGAUAGAGUCUUCUACCAGUUUUCGCACGGUGGCCGCAGCUUGAAAUUUAACCUCACCCUCAACUCAAACCUGCUGGCCCCGGGCUUCCUGACGGAGAGGAGGUACGGUGGCCUGAACGGGGCCCGGAUCCAUCGCCCUGAAGCUUCUCAGUGCCAUUACUUAGGUGAAGUAUGGGACGAGACCACUGUUAGAGGGAGUGCAGCUAUAAGUACCUGUGAUGGACUGACUGGACUGUUCAAGUUGUCUGAUGAAGAGCUCUUCAUUCAGCCUCUGGAGAAGUCCAGUGACGAGACCUCAGCACUGCAGGCCCACGCCAUCUACAAACGCCACGCAGGGCCCGCCUCCCAGCCUCCGCUCACUCCAGCCAACUCAGGGAAACACACUCUCAAUGGCACCUGUGGAAACAAGGAUUCCAUCGGUACUUUUGAAGACAUUGAGAAGCAGAGGGAGAGGUGGGAACGUCGGCAGCAGAGAAGGAGGAGAAGAAUUCAUCAACGGUCAGUGAGCCAAGAGAAGUGGGUGGAAACGCUGGUGGUGGCUGACCCUAAAAUGGUGUCCUAUCAUGGGAGCAAAGCUGUGGAGAGCUACAUCCUUGCUGUCAUGAACAUUGUGGCAGGUCUUUUCAAAGACGCCAGUAUUGGGAACGCGAUCAACAUUGUGGUUGUUCGAAUCAUUCUUCUGGACCAGAAUGAGGAUGACCUGAAGAUUACACACCACGCUGAUAACAGCUUGAACAGCUUCUGCAAGUGGCAGAAGAAACUCAACAUGAAAGGAGACGAACACCCGCUGCACCAUGACGUGGCUGUGCUGCUCACCAGGAAGGACAUCUGUGCAGCCAGCAACGUGCCUUGUGAGACUCUGGGUCUGUCCCACGUGGCAGGAAUGUGUCAGCCGCAUCGCAGCUGCAGCAUUAGUGAAGACACGGGGCUCCCGAUGGCCUUCACUGUAGCACAUGAGCUGGGACACAACUUUGGGAUGCAGCAUGAUGGCAGCGGUAAUGACUGUGAACCCAUUGGGAAGCAACCUUUGGUCAUGUCUCCACAGCUCCUGUACGGCACCUCCCUGCCCAGGUGGUCUCGCUGCAGUCGCCAGUAUAUCACCCGCUUCCUAGAUCGUGGCUGGGCCUGGUGCCUCGAUGAUGUGCCGGUGAAAGGCGGGUUGUAUCCGACUUCGAUGCUUCCUGGAGUGCUCUACAGCGCCGUCCAUCAGUGUCGCCUGCAGUACGGAUCCGGGUCCCAGCUCUGCAAUGACAUGGAUAAUGUGUGCAGCACUCUGUGGUGUUCUGUGGGGACGACCUGCCACUCAAAGCUGGAUGGAGCCGUGGACGGGACCAGCUGUGGUGCGGACAAAUGGUGUAUCGGUCGGGAGUGUGUAGCAGUGGGAUACCAGCCCGAGAGCGUAAACGGAGGCUGGGCGUCGUGGAGCGAGUGGUCGACCUGUUCCAGGACUUGUGGUGCUGGUGUCCAGAGUGCAGAGAGAGAGUGUGAUAACCCAGCCCCGAAGCAUAGAGGGAGAUAUUGUCUGGGAGAGCGGCGGCGGUACAAGAUCUGCAACACCACGCCCUGUCUUCACGAGCUUCCCACCUUCAGAGACAUGCAGUGCGGUCACUUCGACGCCCUGCCGUACAAGGGCAAGUUCUACAAGUGGGAGGCAGUCAUCAACAAAAUCAACCCCUGUGAAUUGCACUGCCGAGCGCUGAAUUUUUCUGAGAAGAUGCGAGACGCUAUCACUGAUGGGACACCGUGUUAUGAUGGCAACAAAAGCAGACAUAUGUGCAUUAAUGGCAUUUGUCAGGAUAUCGGCUGUGAUUAUGUGAUCAAGUCCAGUGCUGUGGAAGAUCGCUGCGGAGUCUGUAAUGGGAACGGCUCCACGUGUACUACUGUGAGGAGAACCUUUGAAGGGAGCGAAGGACUUGGCUAUGUAGACAUCGGCCUGAUCCCAGAGGGGUCCUGGGACAUCCUGAUUGAAGAGAUGGCCGAAUCUGGGAAUUUCUUGGCUCUGCGAAGUGACAACCCCAACAGGUAUUUUCUGAAUGGAGGCUGGACGAUUCAGUGGAGCGGAGAGUACAAGGCAGCUGGAACAGUGUUCACCUACGAGAGGACGGGACAACUGGAGAACGUGACGUCUCCUGGGCCCACAAAGGAACCACUGUGGAUUCAGCUUCUCUUUCAGGAGAACAACCCGGGAGUGCGGUAUGAAUACACAAUCAGUCAAAAUGUUUCAGAGGACAACAACAACAUCCCAGCGACGGUUUUCUUCUGGAAGUACGGCUCGUGGACUGAAUGCAGCGUUACUUGUGGAACGGGUGUUCAGAGGCAGGUUGUUCACUGUGUGGAAAAGACGACCGGCAUAGUUGAGGAGCACCUCUGUGACCCGUCGACCCGGCCUGAAGAUAACAGAACCAGCUGUAACAAGGACGCGUGUCCCGCCACAUGGUGGGUUGAAGGUUGGCAGCAAUGCUCAGCGAGCUGCGGGAGCCUGGGCCGGGCUGAGAGGACGGUUCUCUGCAUCCGAGUCAGGAGCGCAGAGGAGCACAAAGCUCUGGAGCCCAGUGACUGUGAGCACAUCCCUAAACCUGAGUCCACCAUCCCCUGCAACACACAUGUCCCCUGCCCACCUGAGUGGACCACUAGCAGCUGGUCAAAGUGUUCAGCGACUUGUGGAAGCGGAGUGCGUCACCGUAACGUGAGCUGCUCUCCAAACGAUGCCGUGGCCUGCGACCCCCAACAGAAACCUUCAGCGGUCGUGGCCUGCCACAUUCAGGACUGUCCGCCGGUUGCAGAUAACUUUGGAGGCAUCGAAUCGUCUGGGAGUGGGUGGUCCAGCAAAGAAGUGCUCAACGAAAUUAACCCCAUUAACGAAGUCAAACCUCCUCCUAAGUACGGCACCACCAGAGGCCAGCCGAGAGCUCCAGAUCUCAACGGCAAAGUGGAGGGAGAUUUCCACUACCACAACAAUAUUGAAAAUACAGAACACUCUCAAGAAGACAGUGUUCAGGUCGAUGACUUUUACUAUGACUACAACUUUAUAAAUUUUCAUGUAGACUUUGAGAAUGUUGAAGAGGAUUUAGAGGACAAUCAAAGAUCUGUCUCUCAGAGUACCAAAACAACCCUCAGCGUGGAAGAUGAUGCUCAUAUUGAAACCACGAAUACUCCCACAGCUACCGCUCCUACGGUCUCAAAAGCCUCCACUUUGAAAUCUGAAAAGCCACAGAGCACAAAAGCAGACGGUAUAAAAGAUAGUUCUGCUCAAGAAGAUUCAGAAAAUGUGGAAGAUUUGCUUUCUGAGGAUUAUCUUCUGCCUGUGUCUGUCACUCUGCCCCCGCUAUCAUCUUCAACCCGGCAUUCACACACGGUAAAAAAGCUUGAAAACAGUUUUACGCCACAUCUGCUUUUCUACAACACCUCUACAACACCUCCUACACAGGAUGGAGAAGGGAGGGAGUCUGGGGGGGAGGCUAAAAGCUAUGAUCUAGAGGAAAAUCACUCUGAAGGUUUCUCUGAGCCUCCGGUGCAUGCUGCUCUUACUCCCAACAGUGACGUUAAAACAGCAGCGAGCGCUCUGGAGGCGGAUGAUGAGCAUGUGUCCGCAGACCCUUUGGGUUCUCCCAUGUCGGAGACUGAAACUCAGGUAAAAACACAAGUCCAACUUGGUGCAAGUGUUUCAGAAAUAGCUCAACCAACCAGUCAGUCAACAGAUUUUCCUGUUGCUUUCACAACAGGCGAGUCAAUCAUGGAUCAGAAUAAUGUUGAUACAGCAUAUACCACGACAGAAAGCAACGUAUGGGACAUAGACUACGGCUUCGGGACGUCACCUCCUCCCUCUGACAGAUCCACUCUUCUCGUUCCCUUCCGGUUUAUCUCAGGUAACGGACAAGCAUCUGAGGAAUCAACAUCUUUAACUGGAACAGAAAUGAUACCUCCUACAAACCCGGAGAGAGUCACGCAGGCCCCUCCAACUGACUUCCUGACAGCUGCAAUAGAAGAGACGCCUGCAAACCCUCCGUCCGCUGAAACAACUGGAACAGAUCCCACAUCCCAGCUUCCAACCUUUGGUAGGACUGAUUUUGGCGACAGUGAGAUAUUAACGUCCUCAGUGGUGAGCAGCAGCAUCAGUAGUCAUCCUGGUCCCCCUCACCAGACUCCAGCAAGCACACAAUCCACCGCCCUGAGUUCAACUCCGGCACAGCACCAGGAACCAACAACACCUGCUGUUCCCAUUCUCCCCGCCCAUCCGUGGAGUCUGUGGCCGCCUCUCAUCCCGACAUCCGUCCAAACUUCAGCCUCCACUUAUGUCCCCGGAGCUGCCUUCUGGGUUGCUGGUAACUGGAGCGCUUGCUCCACCAGCUGUGGUCUGGGUGCGACCUGGAGGACUUUGACUUGCAGCACUGGAUCAGAUUCUGACUGUGAUCCAACCAAGAGGCCCCCACCGGCACGCCGGUGCUACCUGCGGCCCUGCUCCAUAUGGAAGGUUGGACAAUGGAGUAAAUGCUCCAAGAACUGUGAAGAUGGUUCCAAGAUACGGGAGGUCCAGUGUUUCGACCUGAGGGACCAAAGGUCUCUCCGACCUUUCCACUGCCAAGCCAUGUCCUCCAGACCACAAAAAGAAAUGCCGUGUAACCUUCAGCCGUGUCUCUCCUGGUAUACCUCCUCUUGGGGUCAGUGCUCCGAGGUGUGUGGAGGAGGCGAGCAGCAGCGCAUCGUCACCUGUCCAGAGAAAGACGGAUGCAGCGACGAGCUGCAGCCAAGCAACAUCCAGUCAUGCAACAGCCAGCCGUGUGCUCAGUGGCUCACUGGAUCCUGGGGACAGUGCUCGGCUUCUUGCGGCAGCGGCGUGCAGCACCGACUCAUCAAAUGCGUCAACACAAAGCUUGAUACGGGCGAGGAGGUGGAUCAGGCUCAGUGUGACCACCAGCUGCAGCCUGACGGCACCCAAAAGUGUAACUUACAGGAAUGUAAGAGCGCUCCCCCCGGAGCAGUUUGUCUUCGUGACCGACUGACGUCGCGUUUCUGUCAGACUCUCCGCUGGCUCGGCCGCUGUCGCCUGGCCAACGUACAAACACAGUGCUGCAAGACCUGCAGCCAGCGUCCCCACCUCAGAAGUGCAUCUCACCACUGAGGUCCAACAAGAAAACUCCUCCCAUCCUCCUCAUGCGGGACAAGGACUGAACCACGGGGUAAUGAGCUAUGAGUCGUCACAUAUCAACAAUCUGAGCCCUCCUCUGAACGAUGGACUUACUAUGAAUCACAUCAAGACUCUGCAAUGUAUGUUAGUCUAACACGCAGGGAAAAAAAGUCAGAAUGUAAAUAUUUGUUGCACUUUUUAUACAACAUAAUUUGACGGUAUCUGUGUUACAGAAAGUAGGUUGUAGCAUGAGAUAGGAUCCUUUUAAUGUAUCUGUUUUUACUGUACCAAGCUUUAACACAUGUAGACACUCCAUUCGUUCGUCUCUAGUUUUUUUUAAAGUGCUUUUAUUUUAUUGACGGCAGCAGGAGACGUGCAGUUUCAGGAUACAUUUCACAGCAUUUCACAGUGAGGGGUACAAGUGUUGUGAAGUAAAAAAAAAGUGCUUCCUGCAAUUUAUAAACAAACUGAUCUUUUGCUAUGAUCCAUGUUCUCUUCAAGGACAAUUCUGUUUAGUUUUAAUCGGCGGCACUGCUGGUGAACGGUGCUGCUAAUGUUCACCUGCAGCCACAGCUGUCCAGGUUCAGAGGAACAGCUGUACAUAAAAAGAGGAACAGUGAUGAAAGAAAAAUGAGUGUCCUGCAGCUAAAAAAAAAGGAUCAAAAUCCUCUAUGUGCCCAUGGAUCGGAGUAACCUCACGUGUACAGUUUGUAGUUUUGAUUCAAAACUGAAGUAGGAUGCUUAGUCAGUCAGAAUGUGCCCACAGGUGGAGAUUUCAUUCAUUUAGUACAACAACAGUUUCAGUCAGAUCAUUUCUGAUUUUUAUUUUUUAUUUCAUCAGAUCCAAAUAAAAAUUAUUGAUUAUUGAACACAUAA